AUGUCCUCCCCCACAACACCGUUUCAGCCCGCCAAAGAGGUCGUAAUCUUGGGUGCAGGGGUGAUUGGACUCACCGUCGCAUACGUCUUAUCUUCGAGCACACGCAGCAAGUACAACAUAAAGGUCGUGGCUCGCGACAUGCCAGAUGAUCUCGACUCACAGGCAUUCGCGAGUCCUUGGGCGGGAGCGAAUUGGUCCCCCAUUGGCGGCUUUGAAGAGAAAAAGCACAAGCGAGAGAUCGUCACUUUCAACAAGUUCUGGAGCAUGAUACCCACCGGGAUGGUCAUGGCGCUGCCAUCGUGUGUGUACUACCAGACAACCGACAAUCUGCCCGAUUUGUGGUAUAAGGACCUCGUUCGAGACUUUCGCGUCAUGGACCCGAGUGAGGUUCCGUCUGGCGCUCAAGGAGGUGUUUGCUUUACAACUAUCUCCGUCAACCCUGAAGUAUACCUGCCAUGGCUCAAGGCGGAGCUGCGCGCACGCGGCGUCUCGUUCAUUCGCAAGCGCGUGCAGAGCCUGAACGAAGCGGCUGCAUUCGCAGGGGCGAACGGGAUCCUGGUCAAUGCAACAGCGCUCGGUGCAAGAUCAUUGAUCGGCGUGGAGGACACAAACGUCUUCCCGAUUAGGGGACAGGUCAUCAUAGUAGACGCGCCCGGCGUCAAGGAGUUCGUCUCCUUCCCACUAGGCACCGCAUCAGUGGAAGGCGAGGCAACAUACAUUAUCCCGCGUCCAGCGCCACUUGGACAUGUUCUUUUAGGCGGGACGUUUCAGGAGGACAACUGGGACGUGUCGUUAGAUAUGGCGACGGCUCGGGGGAUCCUUGAGCGCUGCACCGCGCUGAUGCCUCAGCUUGCCAGCAAGGAGACACGCAUCCUGAGUCACAAUGUCGGGCUGCGGCCGGCACGCAGGGGCGGUGCGCGUCUAGAGGUAGAAUGGGUGGACCUGUCGGAACAAUACAGUCCGGCCUUGUCACCGACUAGCGCGAGUAUUGGUCGCCGAGUCAAAGUCGUGCACGCAUAUGGCUUUGGACCUGCAGGGUACCAAAAUUCUUGGGGGGCUGCAGAAGAGGUCGUCGAGCUCAUCGAGAAGGAUUAACAGCGUUCACAGCUCGAGAAUUGCAUAGUGUGUAGACUGGUUUGGAGACUUAGAGGUGGUGACCAUGCCUGCGCAAACGAGAUGAAGAAUGCAGACAAGCUAACGGAACAUUGAACCGAGGGAUACAGUCUAUGCCGGAUACCACCUUCGAUUAACGCGUUAACAACAUCAAGUGCUGAUCGAAUACUUCAACGAGUUCGUUGCACGGACACUCUGCACUCUACUACUGUAUCGCAACAACCACA